GCGGUUUGUGAAGUGAGCUUUCAUUCUAAAAAUAAACAAUAACUAGUCCUUGUAUUUCCAUUAUCCUGGAAAUCUGGAAAGCCCGUUGCUGAAAAAUUCCAGGAAGAGUCAUAAAACCAAAUAAAUUGCGAUGCACGUGGUUUAGCCAUAAAGCGAACAGUAAAUUGGCAACCUGGUUAAACUCAGAGGCAAUCAUAUUGCAGAAACUGAAAAAUUAAAAAUGAAACGGAAAAGAAAGAAUGCCUGUCCGUCUCCAAUAUUAGACGACAGCCCCAAAAGAACAAAGGUUCACGCUCAACGGAAGUUCGCCCAAGGAUCCAAUGUUAACAGCCCAGUAAUAACACCGAUAAGAGAACUGGAAUCCGAGAGUCCUCAGGCCGUUGCACUACCGGAACCCGUCGAGCUCCUACCAAUUAAAAGACCCAACACCGAAGACUUCCUGACGUUUCUGUGCUUUCGCGGCACCCCUUUGCUACCUCCCACUUUGAAUUUCUUCAACACAGCCUCUAUAGUCGACACGAACGGUCAAGUCCAUGAGAUCAAAAGCGAAACGACCCACAAAAACGGCCCCAUCGACAUCGCGAAAUGCAGCUCGUCCAACGAGAAGCCCUUCGUUGCGUUCGGAGUGCGCAAGAGGGCCGAUCCGAUCGUAAUAAGUCGCCAGAUGGACAGGAAACGGCGACACGCUCUCGCCCUGCAAGCGCUGCGCAGGAAGUACCAGGAGCAGAAAAUGGCGAAGAUUCGCGCGCUGACGAUUAGCAAACUAUCGGAGAAAGUUACUAAUAAAACGUUAGUAAGAACCAACACGGUAUCGAAAACCGAAACGAUUACCAAAAAAACCAAUGACAACACCCUUCAAAAGACCAAAGUCGUCGCUACCAAGCACAUUAAGGUAACGACGAGCACACUAAAAACUACGAUGAGACCAAAAAUGAAAAUGAAGCAAAACAUGUGCUUAAGGAGCUUCAGGGGCAGGUUCAUCCAGCAAGAACUACCGUUUAGGAAGAAAGUCAUAACUAACAAACCCAUUAGUUCCAAAACCACCAAGAAGAAAGUCAUUCAAGCCAAAAAACGGGAUGAAGACGGCGAGAGAAACAGCGAGGCAUCUACCAGCAAGCAAAUUAAAUCUCCACCGGUUAAAAAGCUCAUCGCACCAACUCAUUCCAUCAGUACCCGCUCUAUGAGAUCCAGUCUAAUUAAUUCGGCAGCUGAAAUAAGAAGGAAGCAAAUCAAAAGGAUAUUAAUACCCAAUUCUCACACCAUCAUCAAACCGAUGCAAAGGUCCCUUCGAUUGACCACUCUGAAGAAAAGCAUACUGUCCCAAAGGCAAAAUCACCCGUUGAAAAUAAAACCGCCGAUGAGAACUUCCAUCGAGAAUUCCAAAAAGCAGGAAAACAGAAGCGAGCAGAAGAAAACCGUAACAAAUAAAGGAGAAAUACACAAAACGGAAACGAAAACUUUGAGAGAAACUAUCAACCACAGCUUAGAGUCGAAGGCGAGCAACAAAGGCAAGGUCGUCAUCAAAGAUUAUAAGAAAGUUUCCGACUUGAAAGAACUCAGCAAAAUACUGGAUAGGAACAGAAGGCAUUUGACGAGAUCUACGGAUAACAAAAAGGAAAUUAACAUAUCAACUAAUUUCAAAAGGAGGAACAAUCUGGCCGUUGCGAUAAAGAGAAGUAACAUCACAGAUGUCGUUAAGAAACAAAUUAACGCUAAAAGAAACCUCCCCGGGGAAUCCCUAAGGAGGACUACCAGACAAACAAGCAGCUUCAGCGACAAAACGGAUAAGAAAAAUAAAUCUAAAAGCGUCGAAAAAGAAACGUCCGAUGAUGAUGAAAAUACAAGUAAAAGUGAUGGAAAGAAAAGCAAAACGAAGCAAGUCAAGCCCGUUGAAGAUAAAAAGGAAUAUAUUACGACAGAUUCAAAUACAAGUGAUGAUGAGAUUGCGAAGAAAACUAAGAAAAUAAUACAAAAACUCGAUAGCGAACAAGAUGACGAAAAAACCCCGGACAGUAAAAUUAUUGAUAACAGAAGCAAGAAAGGAUCAACUAAAAGUGAAAAAAUUAAAAAAGAUAGCGAAGAUGAAUCAGACGAAAGCGAAUUUGAUACAAAUAAAUCCAAAUCGAAAACCGACAUAUCGACUAAAACUAAAACCAAGAAAAGUAUCGACAAGACGAUAGAAGAUAAACCAUCGGAAACUUUAGCAAACGAAGAAGACAGCGACAAAGAGGAAUCAAAAAAGAAUCCCCUUUCGGAGAGUACCGAUAAAAAGAAAAGAGAACUCGAAGAAGUACUCAGCGAUGAAGAUACCAAAAAAGAGCCUCAUUUAACCAGGUUACGCAGAGAAAGGGAAGAAAUCGCCCCUAGAUCGCAAAGACUGUCGAGAAAAACUAAAGAAGCCGCCGCUAUUUACAUGGAAUUGCUCAGCCAAAAGCUCGUAAACGACGCUGGAGGAGACGACGACAGCAUAUCCAUAGACAGUUUUCCAGAAUUACCGAACGUCAAAAGAACAGAACAAAGAGAAAACGAAUUGAAAGCUAAAGCUAAAACCACUAAGGACGAUAAGGAUACAGAAGAGUCUGAUAUUCAAGAAAUCUGUUCGAAGAAAGACCUAGAAAACGAUGGUAAAAGUAGAAAUAAAGACAUUGAAAUCGAAGAGAACACGAAAGAUUCUGAGAGUAGUAUAAAAGUUAAAAAUGAUUCGGGAAGUAAAAGUAGCAACAAAAGAAAAGGUGCAAAUGAUGAAAUCGUCGAAACGAAAUAUCGCAAAUCGCAAGAAACCGCGAAAACACCCGAAGAGAACAAACCGAAACGCGCCAUGAGAUAUUCUUCCAAGAUCAUCGAAUGCGACGACGAUUCCGACGAAUCGUUCCACAUCGACGUCAAGGUGCCCAGGAAGAAGAAGAACACGAGGAGCAGGGUCUCCACCAGGGCCAUCAAAUCCCUCAACAUUUCGUCCAGCGACUCCGACCAAUCCACCACCUCCGACAAAAACUUCACGCCCGAUCUCAACAAAUACAAAACCAAGAAAUUCACCAAGACCAAAUCGAUGAAGAAAGCCGACGACAGCUACACGGACACCGAUGAUGACGAGCCGCUGUCGAAACGUACGAGCAGAACGGCCGAGAGCAGCCAGAAGACUUCCGUGAAAACCAGAAACGCGAAGGAGAGGGCCAAAAGAUCGCCGGAGGUGGAAAUAAUCGAGCCGAAACCGAAGCGAGAAUGCGCCAAGCUGCCGCAAAACUACCUCCCCAUGUUGUCUUCCUCCGACGAGGAGGAGAUAUUCCACGGUUUCGACGAGAAAGUCGAGACGAAACCGGUCGAAACGUACGAGCCGCCUUGCGUUCACGCGCCCCCGCUGCUCGACCUGCUCAACAACGACGUGGACCGGCGGUACGGCAAGGAGAAGGUCAACAUGUCGAACGAGCAAAUCGAAAAGUGGCUGAAGGAGUCCGCCCUGGCCGGCAGCGGCAUCAGAAAGGAGAACGACGAGAUGCUGAAAUUCGGCGAGCGAAUUCCCACCGAGACCAGCCUCGACGUCUCCCACACGAUCGACACGGAGAAAUUGAAGCGGUCGCUGCUGGGCGAGCAAAAAAGCCAGUCUAAGGAAACCAAAACCGACGCUACCAGCGUCUCCAAACCGGCGAGCGUUACGAAAUCAGUGGAUUCUUCGAAACCGCCGCUGGAUAGGAAGCUGAUCUUCAGGAAAAGCAAGUGCGAGACCGCGAACGCGCCUAAUGUCAGCGCAUUUUCGCCCGAGAACGAGAGCAGCGUGUACGCCUUCGGCGAAGACAACGAGGAUACCAUCAGCACGCCAUUCAGGAGGCCCUCCAGACGCCCGUCGAGCACGGCCACGUCAAAGUCCGAGGAUGAAAGUUCCAAGCAGGAUGAUGCUUCGCGAACAGGUCCGUUCCGCAAACCUACCAGCAAAAUCAUCAAAGACGAAUCGGAGCCCGUUUCGAACCCCGAAACCGACGACAACAAGCAGUUCUACAUGCCCCAAAACCCCACCAAGACGCCGCUGCUGAAGGUGCCGAAGACCCUCUUCAAAUCCAAGAGCUCCGAGAAAAUAUCCGACGCCGACGAGUUCAAAUACAAAGUGCCGAGCUCGCCGAGCGCCAGCUCCUCGUCCAGCGCCAAGCUGUACAAACGGCCGACGCAGAAGCAGAAACCCAAGCCGGCGGAAUUCCUGGCGCCGACCUACGUCUCCGAUUUUCCCAAGGGCGACGAGCCCGCCCGGCUGGUAGAGGCGCCGGUUUUCCAUCCGACGGAGAGCGAGUUCCAGGAUCCGUUGGAGUACAUCGAAAGGAUCAGGCACAAGGCGGAGCAGUUCGGCAUAUGCAAAAUCGUGCCGCCCAGCAGCUUCAAACCGGAGUGCAAAGUCACUGAUGAUAUGAGAUUCACCGCUUACAAUCAGUACGUGAACAAGAUGUUGUACCGCUGGGGGCCCAAUUUCAAGGAGUUCAUGGCUAUCAAGAAGUACCUUAAAACUCAGAGCAUCACUUUGAAUCAUCCACCUUGGAUUGGCGGAAUGGAAAUAGACUUACCCCGACUGUACCAAACCGUACAAUCGCUGGGAGGCUUGAAGGAAGUAAUCGAAAAGAAGAAAUGGUCCAAAGUCUCCGAGCUCAUGAAGAUACCGAAAUCGGCGCAAGAUCGUGUCACGAAACUCGAUGAUAUUUAUUGCAAAUACUUGUUACCUUACGACACUUUGUCGCCAGCCGAGAGAGAGAAGCUGUUCGACGAAGUGGAAACCGAGUGGGCCAAAAGGGAAUCCAGAAAUUUGAUCAAAAAUCAGGAGGACAAGUUAGACGUAGAUGGCGAUUCAGACGUGGACGAAGACUGUGAAGAAUGCAUCACGAAAGGCCGCAAUAUGGCGCUUAACGCUUUUUACAGGAUAGCUAGAAAUACCAUGAGCAUGUAUUUCAAAGUGAACGAUCCUACACCACAAGAGGUGGAACAAGACUAUUGGAAGUACGUCGUAUCGAGAGAUAAUCACAUUUGCGUCCAUUCCGGUUCGAUAGAUUGUGGCAAUUGGGGUUACGGCUUUCCCGUUACCAAAAAUAGCCCGUUCGCAAAGCACCCUUGGAAUUUGAAGAUGCUCACAAACAACACAGGAUCUAUCCUUCGUUCACUAGGACCUGUUAUGGGCGUAACAGUACCCACACUUCACGUUGGAAUGGUAUUCAGCGCUUGCUGCUGGUACCGCGAUCCGCACGGUCUACCAUGGAUAGAAUACCUGCACACGGGCGGCUCGAAAAUCUGGUACGGCAUACCCAACUCCAUGGGUACUCAGUUCCACGCUUCGCUAAAAAACUUAGUGCCCGGUUACUGCAAAAACAAGGAGCUCUGGCUACCUUCCGAUACCAUUAUGGUACCGCCGAAUCUUCUAGUCGAGAACAACGUGUCCUUGUGCCGUUCGGUGCAAGAGCCCGGCCAGUUCAUCGUCGUGUUUCCCAAGGCUUUCACGUCGAACAUCAGCACGGGGUACGUGGUGUCGGAGAGCGUGUUCUUCGCUCCGAUCUACUGGAUCAAAACCGCCCGGGCGCUGUUCGAUGCGCUGAAGCAGAGCAACGAGCCGGCGAUGUUCUCGUUGGACCGGCUGUUCUUCAGCGUGGUUAACGACGGGAAAUGCAGCGUGGAAAUGGUGAGGCAAACGUUGCCGCUCGUACAGGAAUUGUGCGGCGAGGAAUUGGAAAUUAGAAAAAGGGAGUUGGGUAAAUUGGGUGAGUUGGAGAAAGAAAAAUUGCCCGUCGUGGAUCUAAAUAAAGGGAAGAAAAAGAAGUUUCAGCAAGGCGAUGAGGGCGAUUACGAAUGCGAGAUUUGCAGGAGUAGCUUGUUUUUAUCAAUGAUUUUUGAUACGGCAGAAGGUGUGACUUAUUGCUUGGAGCACGCCGUGGAAUUAAUGGAGAAAAACGAGUUGAAAUCGAGCAAUUGCAAGUUUAUGUUUACCUACGACGACGACGAGUUGAGGGGCUUGCCCGAUAAAGUUAAAAGUUUGUUGAAUGCGAGGUUGCAGAAAAAGGUAUUGAACAAAUUCGCUGGCAUGCCGACGCUUCUUGGUAAAUCUAAUUGAUAAUUUCAUUUCGAGAUUAGCCGGGUGACGAAUGUGAUCUCUAACUUGUCGGAAAUGUAACUUUAUUGACGAGUCGAGUACAAUAUUUUCUCUACAACUGCAAAUUUUUCUAGCUUAUAGAAAAUUACAAUUAAAGUUUGUUGAAGGAAAGAGAGAAAGGUUGUAGAAAAAUAUUUUUUUGGCUUUCUAGAUUUAUGUAUCCCCUAUAAAAAAUGGCCCGUAUUUAAUGGCCUCACUUUAACUUUAGAGUGACUCUAAAGUCGCGUCUUCAAUUUGACAGUUGUACUUUGUUAUUGAGUAACUAGAGACGCGCCUUUAGAGUCACGCUAAAGUUACAGUGAGGUGCUGAAUAUGGGCCUAUGUGUUUGGUUAAAAAUUACAAAAAAAAAUAAUGAUGUUUGAUGUUUAUAUGUCGUAUCUUAGAAAACAGAUGUCAAGAUAUAAAUGUUGUUAUGAAUGUAACUAUAUUUGUUAAAUUAUAAAGGAUAAGCGUAAGAACCUCGUUUUGAAAAGUUAUCCUUUAUAAUAUGACAAUUAUUCUAAGACAAACUCUAAAAAUUUUGUCAAUUUCCUUUAUUAUAGAGUGAUUAAUAACUGCAUCAUAAUUUUACCAUUCAUGUGGAUAAUAAUUACCCUAUAAUAAUUGAUAAACAAAGUUAUCCUUAGGUGAGCAAAUUUAUGUGGGGAUGUUACGCAUAAAAAUAGAAUAAGUUUUCGAAAUAUAAUUGCAUACUUUAUUUUUAUUCAACGAAUUUUAAAACCAAAUUUUAUAAUGAAAAAGAAAAAUUAAUGUGAUAUGUUUUUUAAUUUAUUUUUUUAAAUUUAAGGUUUAAUUUAUAGUUGGUAAAUAUAUCUUUUAAAGUAUUAAAUAUUAGGGUAUUUUUCAAAAGAAAUCUAUUAACAAAGGUGUUUUUCGACUAUUCAGAGACUCUAUUUUUUAAAAUCUUAAAGACAGAUUUUGUACACAAGUACAGAGGUUAUUUAAUAUAAAAUAAUAUUGCAUUCAAUUUUUGACGUUAUAAUUAUUUCUAAUCAAAAAUUGAUGCUGAAAUAACUAGUCAAAUUUAAUGAUUAAUAUUUUUCAAAACCUGUGAAACCAAAUGUACUUAUUGUAUGAAAUCCGUCUUUGUAACUAAAUUUAAACAUUGAAUGUAAGGGUAAAAGAGAUGAGUUUACUUUUUAUGAAGCAAAAAACUUGAGUCAAAAUGUAAGAUCUGCAAAACGGUCAUUUUUUUGACAUGUUUUCUUUUGUUCAACGAGGCGCAUGCAUUGGAAAAAUAUCAGUCUUGAAUUUGAAAAUUGCAUCGUUCAUUUUAUUCGUUGAUAAUAUAAUACACAAAUCACAUACAUCACUUUUUAUAAUACUAUCCAUAAAAAGUUAACUCUACCAAUUUAGUGUAAUAAUUUUUAUUAUAUAAAUGUUUAAUAAAUUUAAAAAAUUAAGUUUGGUUUUUAUCUAAUUGACAGAUUACUUAUUAACGAUGAAAAAUAAAUAAAAACGUGGAAAAAAUUAAAUAUUUUAGAUUAGCUAUUUGAAAAAUUAAUAAUCUGAAUUUGAUGAAAAAAAAAACAAAAACAAUUAAGUACCCAUGUGCUUAAACAUAAACGAAAAUUACAUGCUGAGAAUAUAAUCUAGACUACAUUAUAACGAUGAUUUGGGCAAGUUACAUUUUU